AUGGGGAAGGACCAGGCGAACCUCUCCUCCAUCCAGGGGUCGCUCUCUCCGGCUGUCGCCGGGCUUGUUGUUUUCGCCAAGACGUCUCAUGAGACCUGGACCAUCCUUGAGCGCUCCUUUGCAGCGCAGUCUCAGGCUCGUGUCUCUGCGCUCCGUCGUCAGCUUGGCGAGUGCGAGAAGCUUAACUCCACGGCCACGGAGUUCUACAAAAAGGUCAAGGGCCUUGCUGACACGUUGGCCUCCAUUGGACAGCCGCUCACUGACUCCGAGUUCAAUUCCUUCAUCGUCAACGGGCUCGACGAGGAUUCCUCUCCGUUGGCUGCUGUUGCUCUUGUUCGGUCUCUUGGUGCUGACUUUGCGGUCAAAGACCUUGGGAAGCUUCACUACUUCCUUGGCAUGGAAGUUGCUUCUGGUUCUGAUGGUCUUGUUAUGAUGCAGAAGAAGGCAAUGCAGGCUCUUCUCGAGCGCAGCAGGCGAACAGACGCGACGACCUGUACUUCUGACUUGUGCAUGCAUAUGAGGGCCAUUAGCGCGGCAGCGAGCGGCAAUGGCAAAGCCAAGGUGGUCAUUGUGAUGGGCGCCACGGCCACCGGCAAGUCCAAGCUGGCCGUGGACCUCGCGCUGCGGUUCGGCGGCGAGGUCGUCAACUCGGACAAGAUCCAGGUCCACGACGGCCUGCCCGUGGUCACCAACAAGGCCACCGUCCGCGAGCAAGCCGGGGUGCCGCACCACAUGAUCGGCGGGGUGCACCCCAACGCCGACUACGCCGCGGCGGAGUUUCGGCGCGACGCCACGCGCGCCGUGGAGUCGGUCCUCGCGAGGGGCCGCCUGCCCAUCAUCGCCGGCGGGUCCAACAGCUACCUCGAGGCGCUGCUGGACGGCGAGCCGGGGUUCCGCCGGCGGUACGACUGCUGCUUCCUCUGGGUGGACGCCGACACGUCGGUGCUGGAGCGGUACGUCGGCGACCGCGUCGACUGCAUGGUGGAGCAAGGGCUCGUCGGCGAGGUGCGGGAGUUUUACCGGGCGGACGCGGACUACUCCCGUGGGAUCAGGAGGGCCAUUGGCGUGCCGGAGAUGGACACCUACUUCCGGCAGGAGGCGGCAGGGGCGCUGGAGGGAGACGAGGAACGACGGGCCGGGCUCCUUGAGGCCGCCGUCGGCGAGAUCAAGGAGAACACAUGCAGGCUGGUGUGCAGUCAGCUCCGGAAGGUCCACCGCCUGCGAUGCCUGCCUGGGUGGAGCAUCCGCCGCCUCGAUGUCACCAGGGUGCUUUCGCUCAAGGUCGGGAAGGCGACGGACCAAGAGGCGGAGCGCACCCUGUGGGAGGCGGAUGUCGUCGGGCCUGCCGCGUGCGUCGUUGACAUGUUUAUUCGCUCUCCUGGAGGGAUGGUGGCGGAUGUGAGCACGGAUGGGAAGGAGCUAAGCACGGGGGCCAAGCAUGCAGCCGUCGCCGGAAUCGUCGAAGCGGCCGACAGGUGUGGUCUGCAGCUACUCGAGACUGGGCCGACGUCUCGUGGGUUUCAUCCAAGGAAAGCGGCCGCAGCAGUUUGAGUUUCGAGACUCUCAUCAACUUAACCGUACCACCCCUAAAAAAAUCAA